AUGGCACCAAUGCUAGUGCCACAACUUGAUCCCAGCUCCUCGACUAAGAGUAUCCUUUAUGUUGAUGCCUAUGAUUCAUUCUCCUACAAUGUUGUCGCUAUGCUGGAGGAGACCCUGGGGGUCAAUGUCACAGUAAUGACUAUUGACUCAGAAUGGCCCGACUCCAACAUGAAUGAGUUUCUCCAGCACUACGAAGCUGUCGUUCUUGGACCGGGGCCAGGAGACCCCAACGUGCCUACUGAUGUCGGUAUCAUGAGAGACAUUUGGAAUCUUCACGACUCAGGACUCCUUCCCGUUUUUGGUAUUUGUCUGGGUUUCCAAAGCCUCUGCCUUCAUCACGGCGUUCCUAUCGAGCGGCUUCCGUACCCGAUUCAUGGGCAGAUUCACAAGAUUUCCACAUCAGCGAAGGAUAUCUUUGAACAUCUACCGGAGGUAGAGGUGACACUUUACCACUCACUCUAUGCCAACUCGGCUUCUUCAACAUCGACCGAUUUGGAAUAUUUGGCUUGGUUGUCUCUAAAGGAUCGCCCAGAAGCACAGAUACCCAUGGCAGUUCGCCAUCCCAAAAAGCCAUUCUGGGGUGUUCAGUUCCAUCCGGAGUCUUGCAAAUCAGAAAUCAAUGCCUGUAAGGCACUUCUCCGGAAUUGGUGGAAGAUGGCUCUUGGAUAUAACAAGAUUGUUGGACGUGGGGGAUAUUGUUCCCUCCCCAGCACUGUCAUCAGCCCCCUUACGGCUCCCAGUCCGUUCCCUGAUGCUGCUUAUGACAUGCUCAACUGGAGCAAGUCAACUUCGAAAAUUUCGGCUUCCCGGUCCCUUGAUCGGCCUGGCUUGGCCGCAGAGGCUAUAAGUGAAGUGUUCAAUAAGCCAGGUUCGCCAACAGUCCUUUUCCAAUCCAAUGGCCAAUACAGCAUCGCUUCGGUGCCGAGUCCUGGCUCAUGGCGGUUGGAGUACAAUGUCGAGACACAUAAACUUCGAUUGCUCCAGCUGUAUGGCGACUGCAAAGAGACUGAGAGUUGUCUUACUGUUGCUCAGUUGUGGGAUGCCUUACGGUAUUUGAUGGAAAUGAAGAAAGUAGAUACAGGAAACUCUCAAGUGCCAUUCUGGGGUGGCUUCCUGGGUUAUCUCUCCUACGAGCUUGGUCUCACUUGUCUUCCCCACCCGGGCCAUGCGCAGGCUUCUGAGUCACCAACGCCCUCCAGCAGCGGGAAAUCUUCAUCUGAUCCUUCCUUUGUGGAUCCACCCGAUGUCAGCCUUCUAUGGUGUGAACGAAGUAUCGUGGUUGACAAUACCACUGGUGCUGUUGUUAUUCAAUCCACUCGCGAUGAUGAUGCGGGUUGGCUUGAUGAGACCCUGCAGCUGCUGCAAACCCUUUCGAAUAAUGGCAAUGAUACAUCUGUGGAUCGGGGCUUGGAUUCAAUUCUCCGGCAAAAGCAAAAUUCGGAAUACAAACGGAAAAUCGAGGCAUGCAAAGCGGAGUUGGAAGCUGGUGAAUCUUAUGAACUAUGUCUCACAUCUGAGACGUCAAUCACCUUGCCAGUUCCAGAAGGGGAGUCGGACCGUUUGAUAUUCCCCUGGAAGCUGUACAGGAGACUCAAAACAUACAACCCAGCUGCAUUCAGCGCUUUCGCAGAUCUGGGAGAUACAAAGAUCGCUAGCAGCAGUCCGGAAUGUUUCCUCAAUUGGGACCGUGAAUCGACACUGGAGAUGAAGCCAAUGAAAGGCACAGUCCGGAAAUCACCAGACAUGACCAUGGAGAAGGCCUGCGAGAUCCUCGGUUCCACAAAAGAGAUGGCCGAGAACCUUAUGAUCGCAGAUUUGAUCCGGCACGAUCUGUAUGGCAUCUGCGGAUCAGGUGGCGUCCAUGUGGAGAAGCUGCUCGAAGUUGCAGAUUACGGCCGAGUCUACUCAAUGAUCACCCACAUCAAGGGCAAAAUCCGUCCCAACCACCCUGGUUUCGCUGUGCGACAUAUGUCCCAGCUCAAUACCCCCCAACAUCGGUGCCUCCCACCGGGAUCCAUGACUGGUGCGCCGAAAGAACGCUCUUGCAUGCAUCUUCGCACGAUUGAGAACCGCAAGCGUGGCAUUUACUCCGGCGUGAUGGGUUUCCUGGACCUUGGCGGAGGUGGAAGCUUCUCGGUUCUGAUUCGCUCGGCAUUUACUUGCUCUGGUGGUCGAGAUUACACCGAGAAUAAGCAGCAGACCUGGCGAAUUGGCGCCGGGGGUGCUAUUACCACACUCAGCACAGCAGAGGGCGAAUGGGAUGAGAUGUUGACCAAACUGCGUGUAGUUUGCAACGUUUUCACGCCGCUUGAUGCAGGCGAGAACUCGGCCACGACAUCUUAA